GGUGGCAAAGCAAUGUAGUUACCGAAAGGAAAGAAAUAAACCUCAUUCAGAAUCAUUGAUUAAACGCAUAUUACUUAUGAACUUUUCCUUCAUUGUUAUUGACUAUAAUCAGCCUUUGACUUGUAGUAACGCCUGCGCAUGCGUAGAAGCAAGCGUUUCCCGCUCAAUUCAUUGUCUUUCUCGCUGGCCAGCGAUUGAGCAUUUGUUUAAGCUGUCUCUCUCUACAUCCUUCCGACUUACACAAGACAGCUCGCUCACAACUACAGAACAACGUCUCAACAACUAUGCUCAUACACACAGAAGCUGUAACAACAACAGACAUAAAGAUUUGUAUGUUUACCACCUAAAUAAAGUGUUGUUUAAGUUGUUUAGUCUGGAGUUCAGGCGUUCCAACACUAUAAUUUUAUAGUAGAAAGUCAGGUAUACAAUCUAAAGAUGAAAUAACCCACUUUCGGACUAAAGACUUUUCGUCAGAGAUUGGACGUUGUUACUUACAAGUACUUUUGAUUUCAACCAUACCAAACAAAAGGUGACUCAUGUGUAAGUUGAAUUUAUCCGCGAAGAAAGACAUUUAAAUAUUUAUAUUAUUUCGAGGCUGAUUAUUCACUCCGUCGCUACAAAAAGGUAAAAUAACGUAACGUUUUGUACCAACCGGACAUUAAUUAAGGUAAUGUAAAAGUCUGUCACAGACACACUGAUAUUACUUUGUGAUUUUCUCAUUACAAAAAGUCUAAUUUGUGUUGAGACAGCUGUUGGACAUCAAAUUUGAUCACAAUAACGACAUUUGACAUGGAAUAUAUAACUCAGCGAUAUUCAUCAACCAACAAAGCUAAAGAAAGGUGUUAUGCAGAAUAGAUAAAACCCAGUUUAUAUAAAUCUAUGGCUGAAUUACUGUGAAAUAUCUCUUCUGAAAUGAGAUUGAAAGAAGCAUUUCUUUACUUUACUGUUUGUAAUAAACAGAAGAUAAUUUUGCAUUCUAAUUAAACCUGUACAUAUUUAUUAUGUAAAUAUAACUGAUUUCUUUGCAAGAAAUUUCAUGGGAGAUAUAUCUUGGAAAAUGAAUCUAUGUUGGUGUUAAUUUUCUUUUUGGUUUCCUGUUACAUGACAGGGUUCUGUUGUAAUAAUCUGAAUCAAUCAUCUCAAAAAUGCUUGCUUCCUAAUAAAUCAUCUUUUAUAAGACUGUUUGCAGAAGCUUCAGAUAUUGCCAAACAUCACAGUAGAUGGAAUUAUAGUUGGAGGAUAUUUGUGUGUAUAUAUAUCGUUUAAUGUCCGCCUUCCAUGCUAGCAUAGGUUGGACAUAUUUAUACACACUCACAAAACAAAUUUACAUAUUGUUGUGGAAGAAGAAAAAAAUAAUGAAAAUUGAAUAUUGUGAAAGUCUGAGUUAUUUAAGGAUUAAAAAAAGACUAAUUAUCUUGAUGAGAUGUUGAAACAGACUGGAAAAACAUCAUUCCACUGUAAUAUUUGUGAAAAAUCAUUCUCUCAAGAAAGAGAUUUAACUACCCAAAAAUGUAUUCAUAGAGGAAAAAGUCCAUAUUCCUGUGAUUUCUGUGGUAAAUCCUUCACUAGGACAAGUCACCUAAUUGCUCACAAACGUAUCCAUACUGGAGAGAAGCUAUAUCACUGUGAUAUCUGUGGUAAAUCAUUCUCUGAUAAAAGUACUUUAACUAAACACAAACACAUUCAUACAGGAGAGAAUCCAUAUCGCUGUACCAUUUGUGGUAAAUCAUUCUCUCAGACAAAUCACUUAACUAGACACAAAUAUAUUCAUAUUGGAAAGAAGCCAUAUGACUGUGAUAUCUGUGGUAAAUCAUUCACUACUAAAGAUACCUUAACUACUCACAAACAAAAUCAUGCAGGAAGGAAUCCAUAUCGCUGUGAUAUCUGUGGUAAAUCAUUCUCUCGAAAUUGUAACUUGACCACUCACAAAUGUAUUCAUACAGGAGAGAAACCAUAUCACUGUGACAUCUGUGGUAAAUCAUUCUCUUCAGCAGGUCCUUUAGCUGCUCAUAAACGUACUCAUACAGGUGAGAAGCCAUAUCACUGUGAUAUUUGUGGUAAAUCAUUUUCCAUAUCGGGUAAUUUAAAUAAACACAAACACAUUCAUACAGGAAAUAAACCAUAUAAUUGUGAUAUCUGCGGUAAAUCCUUCUCUGCUAUAAGUUCCGUAGCUACUCAUAAACGCAUUCAUUCAGGAGAGUUGCCAUAUAAUUGUCAUGUCUGUGGUAAAUCCUUCUCAAUAACAAGUAACUUAACUAAGCAUAAACGCAUUCAUACAGGAGAGAAACCAUAUCACUGUGAUAUCUGUGGUAAAUCAUUCUCUAGAAGUGAUGAUUUAAUUACUCAUAAACGUAUUCAUACAGGAGAGAAACCAUAUCAUUGUGAUAUCUGUGGUAAAUCUUUCUCUAUAGUAAGUAACUUGACUAAACACAAACGUAUUCAUACAGGAGAAAAGCCAUACCGCUGUGAUAUUUGUGGUAAAUCAUUCUCUGCAAUGUGUCGCUUAAAUAUUCACAAGCGUAUUCAUACUGGAGAGAAACCAUAUCACUGUGACAUCUGUGGGAGAUCAUUCUCUCAGAGUAGUGUGUUAACUAAUCACAGACGCAUUCAUACAGGUGAAAAGCCAUAUCAUUGUGAUAUCUGUGGUAAAUCAUUCUCUGCAAUGUGUAGCUUAAAUAUUCACAAGCGUAUUCAUACUGGAGAGAAACCAUAUCACUGUGACAUCUGUGGGAGAUCAUUCUCUCAGAGUAGUGUGUUAACUAAUCACAGACGCAUUCAUACAGGUGAAAAGCCAUAUCAUUGUGAUAUCUGUGGUAAAUCAUUCUCUCAAGCAAGUCACUUAAUUAGACACAAGCGUAUUCAUACAGGAGAUUAGCCAUAUCACUGUGAUAUCUGAGAGAUCAUUCUCUCGAAAUAGAGAUCUACCUACUCACAAAUGCAUCCUUAUAAGAGAGAAGCCAUAACAUUGUGAUAAUUUUCUCAUUCAGGAGAGAAGUCAUAUUAAUAUCAUUUUUAUAGUGGAUCAUUCUCUCAAUAUUCUCAUUCAGGAGAGAAUUCAUAUUAAUAUCAUUUUUACAGUGGAUCAUUCUCUCAAGUCAUUUUAACUUAAACAUAUUCAUACAUUAGAGUAAGCAUAUCACUCUUAUAUCUAAGUUCAUUGUAUAUUCAUGAAAGUAAAAUUAUUAUGAUUAAAUUACAUCAUAUUAUACAUUGCUUGUAAUUUUGUUGCCCAGAAAUUUCAUUGCAGCCAUUACAUCUUCAGAUAUAUUCAUCAUGGCAAAUACAUCAUUGCCAAACUUGUAAUGCUUUUUACCUAUGUUACAAAUACAUUGCUAAAUGGUAGAAGCAGCUGAGAAGAGUUCCACUUGGAUCUGGUGAAGUAGGAAUGUAGAUGAAUUACAGAAAGAGUAAUAUACCUUCUGGCUAAACUGGUUACAACAGACAAGGUACAUUGGUUCUGGGGCACCUUAAGUGUUCAGAGGAUGGCAUUACAGACAGUAACACAGAAUAUGGAAGCACCGUUAUUCAGGAGUUAUGACCUGGACACUGUCUAGCCUUCUUAGAGUGAAAUGAGGUAGAGGGUCUCUGAAAACUUUUUGCUGUUCAGCUCUCUGUAUUUAAGUUUUCAUUUGCCAAAUAAGUGUAUCAUAUUUCAAGAAAAGCGGUUCAAAGACAAAAAUUCCCUCCUAUAAUUUGAAAAGUUUUAGGAAUCUUGAAAAAGGAACUGAAGAAAUAAUUGUUGUUGGCACUCCAUCGCUUACGACGUCGAGGGUUCCAGUUGAUCUGAUGAACGGAAUAGCCUGCUCGUGAAAUUAACUUGCAAGUGGUUGAGCAUUCCACAGACAUGUGUACCCUUAACGUAGUUCUCAGGGAUAUUCAGCGUGACACAGAGUGUGACAAGGCUGACACUUUGAAUUACAGGCACAACAGAAACAGGAAGUAAGAGUGAGAGAAAGUUGUGGUGGAAGAGUACAGCAGGGUUCACCACCAUCCCCUGCCGGAGCCUCGUGGAGCUUUUUAGGUGUUUUCACUCAAUAAACACUUACAACGGUCUGGGAAUCGAAACCGCGAUCCUAUGACCGCGAGUCCGCUGCCCUAACCACUGGGCCAUUGCGCCUCCACAUUUCUUUAUAUAAUUCUCAUUAUAUAAAGAAAUAUAAAGAUAGUGCAACUAGAACUCCAAGCAUUGUCAAUGAAUCACAAUAUUGCAAGACACUAGAAUAUUUUAAAGACAUUGCUUGUAAUUUAUCUUUAUAGUUCAAUUUUAACUGUGUUCUUAUUUUCAUUCUUGGAUUCUAUUCUUAAAAGUAAAUCUAUUUUGUUUUAUAUAUACUUGAUAUUUUGUCAUUAAAUUUCUUGUUCAAUUUUAAAAUGUAUUGUAUUUAUGGUGCAAAUAAAAUUUUUAUACAAUGUCUAACAUUGUCUUUUAGUGUGCAGAUGGAAAAAGAAAAGUAACUUUUCUUCUUUACAUCACUUGUCUUUUUGUACAGGAGAUGAAGGUCAGCAUGAUCAACUUUGUAUUUAACAAGCCU